GGACAUUGCAAGAAUUUAGGAGCUGGGUCGUUUUAGGACAAUUUCCCUAUCCAGUUUCGCUCAAAGCAAGCCAUGUUCUCACUUCCUCUUUGGAUGCCCACAUUUCUAGGCUAGCAAAUAUAUACCAUUGAAAAAACCCGAAACACCCUUCUUUUUCUCACAACAAAAGAUGGAACCCUUUGGUGCUUCUUUUCUGUUAUCUUUCCUGCUUUUCUUUGACCUUUCUUUUGCUUCUUCUCCUUCUCAUAUCUCUCAUCUCUUUGAAACUUGGUGUGAUGAACAUGGUAAGAAGUACUCAUCUGAAGAAGAAAAAUCUUACAGAAUUAAAGUCUUUGAAGACAAUUAUGGCUUUGUUACUCAACACAAUGAUAUGGCAAAUUCUUCUUAUACUUUGGCUCUCAAUGCUUUUGCUGAUCUCACUCACCACGAGUUCAAGGCCUCCCGCUUGGGUCUCUUUGCUGCUGCUGCCAUUGAUCACCAUAGACAACCAAACCUUCAGGAGCCAGGCCUUCUUCAAGGUAUUCCAGAGUCCUUGGAUUGGAGGAAGAAAGGGGCUGUGACCCAGGUCAAAGAUCAAGGGAGCUGUGGUGCUUGUUGGUCAUUCUCAGCUACUGGAGCUAUAGAAGGUAUAAAUAAAAUUGUCAUAGGAUCUCUUGUGAGCCUAUCUGAACAAGAAUUGGUUGAUUGUGAUAGAUCUUACAAUAGUGGCUGUGAGGGUGGGUUGAUGGAUUAUGCCUAUCAAUUUGUCAUUGAUAACCAUGGAAUAGACACUGAAGAAGAUUACCCAUACCAAACUCAGGAAAAGACUUGCAACAAGGAAAAAUUGAAAAGGCGUGUGGUAACAAUUGAUGGUUAUACUGAUAUACCAGCAAAUAAUGAAAAACAGCUAUUACAAGCAGUGGCAACUCAGCCUGUGAGUGUAGGUAUAUGUGGGAGCGAGAGAGCAUUUCAGUUGUACUCCAAGGGGAUAUUCACUGGUCCAUGCUCAAAUUCCUUGGACCAUGCUGUGUUAAUUGUAGGUUACGGUUCAGAAAAUGGGAUGGAUUAUUGGAUCGUAAAGAACUCAUGGGGAACACGUUGGGGAAUGAAUGGUUAUAUUCACAUGAUACGUAAUGGUGGCAAUUCUGAAGGGAUUUGUGGCAUUAACAUGCUGGCUUCAUAUCCAACAAAGACUAGUCCAAAUCCACCUCCUCCACCUCCACCAGGACCGACUAAGUGCAACCUUUUUACUUACUGUUCAGCCGGGGAAACUUGUUGCUGUACACAUCGUGUAUUUGGAAUAUGUUUUUCUUGGAAAUGUUGCGAAUUGGAUUCUGCUGUUUGUUGCAAGGACAAUCGGCACUGUUGUCCUCAUGACUAUCCUGUUUGUGAUACAAAAAAGAAUCAGUGCCUCAAGCGUAUUGGAAAUGCUACUAGAAUGGAAACAUUUGAUAAGAGGCAGGCUUCUAGGAAGUUCAACCGUUGGUGGUCCGUUGUUGAGAAUUUGAUUUAAUGAAGUUGAGCUGUAAGACAUUUUCCAUAAACUGCUGUUCAAGUUUCAUCUUUAUACCAUAGAGAUUAUAUCUAUGUAAUCAUUUGUUGAGCAUUCUGAAGCCUUGAAAUUGAUUGGCUGAACACAUUUAUUGUUCAACAGAAUCUUGCCUUUCUUUACCAGUUUUUAUACUGGUGGCAGAAGGAGGUUUGGAGGUUUUCUAAAAGAUUACUACAAAUUGAGGAUUAUUUUUAGUUAUUUCACGGCUUUAUUCAAAAUAAUUUUUUAUUUUUUAAUUUGAACAUUUUAGUAC